AUGGUCUCCGAUCGCAAGCUGACGUUUUCUAUGGGGCUGCUGCUUGGGAGCAUCUCCUACGUCUUGAUCAUUGCGUUUGGCCAAAUGAGCGUUGGACACAAAGGUAAAAUUCAAGACCACGAACAUCAUCACCUGCGCGCGCCUAACAGAGAGGAUUCCUUUAAACCGUCGGAGGCGGAAGGCGUGGCGCUCCGGGAAAGUGUCCGAGUUUACUGUUUCGUACUUGGCGAACCCAAGUACAGGGGCUACCAGGCUAUAUUGAGGGGCACCUGGACCAAACACUGUGACAAGGCCGAGUUCUACGGUUCUGAAAGCAGUCCUUUGUCCAAUCGAAAAGCAAAUGAUACCUGGCUACAGGUGAGGGAAACAUACAAAUAUGUCUUUGAAAAGUAUGGCAGCAUCUACAAUUGGUUCUUUCUUGCACGCCCCACUACGUUUGCGGUCAUCGAAAACUUAAAGUAUUUUUUGUUGAGGAAAAACGCAACACAGCCAUUAUAUCUGGGCCACACUGUAAAAUACGGAGACCUGGAAUACGUAGCGUUGGAAGGAGGCAUUGUCUUAAGUACCGAGUCGAUGAAAAGGCUUGACGGCGCUCUCCGCUCUGAAAACUGUAGAGAUCGAAGUAUGAUUUGGAAGUUAUCUGAAGAUAUGCAGCUGGCUGUUUGCUUGAAGUAUGCAGGAGUUCGUGCAGAAAAUGCAGAGGACUCCGAAGGAAGAGAUGUAUUUAAUACAAAGCCAAUUGAACGCCUUAUUCAAGAGGCAAUCUCGAAUAAUCCUCAGCAUGUCGUCGAAGGCUGCUGUUCAGAUAUGGCUGUCACUUUUAACGGACUGACCCCUCAGAAAAUGGAAGUCAUGAUGUAUGGAGUGUACCGGCUGAGGGCAUUUGGCCAUCACUUCAAUGAUACGCUGGUUUUCUUACCCCCAAGUGGUUCAGAUAAUGACUGA